ACACUCUGGCAGAGCAGCAGUGCGACAAUGAGUGGGGACGGGGUGGCAGCGGGUGACCGGGCAGCCUUCGUAGGCUUCUUCCCGCAGAUUGUGCAGGACUUGACAGCAGAGCUAGGGCACCCGGAGGUGGGUGAUGCCGUAGCACGCCUUAAGGAGGUGCUGGAGUACAAUGCACCAGGUGGGAAGAACAACCGUGGGCUGGCAGUUCUGGCAGCCUUCCGUGAGCUGGCAGGCCCUGAGUGCCAUGAUGCAGAGAGCCUCCAGUGUGCCAUGGCUGUGGGCUGGUGUGUGGAGCUGCUCCAGGCCUUUUUUCUGGUGGCUGAUGAUAUCAUGGACUCGUCUCUCACCCGCCGGGGGCAGCUCUGCUGGUAUAAGAAGGAGGGAAUUGGUUUGGAUGCUGUCAAUGAUGCUUUCCUGCUGGAGUCAUCUGUCUACAGGCUGCUGAAGAAAUACUGUAGGAAACGUCCGUACUACCUGCACUUGCUGGAGCUUUUCUUGCAGACUGGCUACCAGACUGAGCUUGGGCAGGCCUUGGACCUUAUCACUGCUCCUGUCUCCCAGGUGGAUUUGAAUAGUUUCAGUGAACAGAGGUAUAAGGCAAUUGUUAAGUACAAGACUGCAUUCUACUCCUUCUACCUUCCAGUAGCUGCUGCCAUGUACAUGACUGGUAUUGACAAUGAGGAAGAACAUGCCAAUGCCAAAGCAAUCUUGCUGGAGAUGGGUGAAUUCUUCCAGGUCCAGGAUGAUUACUUGGACUGCUUUGGGGAUCCAGAGUUGACAGGGAAGAUUGGCACAGAUAUCCAGGACAACAAGUGCAGCUGGCUGGUGGUGGAGUGUUUGCGUCGGGUCACACCAGAGCAGAGGCAGAUCCUGGAGGAGAAUUAUGGUUGUAAGGAGCCAGAGAAGGUGGCUAAGGUGAAGGAACUCUAUGAGACUUUAGGCAUGAGGGCUGUUUUUCAGGCAUAUGAGGAGAAGAGCUAUCAGCAUCUACAGGAACUGAUCAAGAAGCAUGCAAACCGGCUCCCCAAGGAGUUCUUUCUUGGCCUAGCUCAGAAGAUUUACAAGCGCCAGAAGUGAUGGGAGCUAGUGGGCUCUGUUAUUCUAAGAAAAAAUGAACUUUCAUUUCCUUCAUGGAGAAGGCCUUUUAGUGAAUUUGCACUACUAUCCCUGUCUCUGCCCUCCAUGCAUGGGCUCUAGGGGUGGUGGUGAAUCAUGAAGCAUUCAGUCUCCUGCCUUGGGAUGUGGGGCCAGGCCUAUAGCAUGUGUAGCACAGAUGUUGGUGCUGAGGCUGCCAGGAUGUGUAUCAAUAAAGAUAACUUAUUGGAA